GGGUUCCUGUCAGUAAGUACUCAGGGACUCCACAGAAAACGCUAGCAACAAACAUGGCAGCCGCCGGAGGUGAACGAAUUGGAGAAGACGGGGCCUAUUAUUUGGAGCAGGCAUCACUUGCUGCUGAUUCCGACGAUGAAUUCACCUAUGAAGAAGUCCCAAUCGAUGAUGACUUUGCAUCAGAACCAGACGAGGACCUCCAUGCAGCUGUCAGAACCAUACAGGAGGCGCAGGAGGAUCAAGAAGCCCUGAUGCGAGGAGAAAGGUUGGUUCCUCCACCUGUCAACCUGAGGCCAGAGGUGGUGGACGAUUUCGUGCGCAACUUCCUGGUGAAGAUGGGAAUGAUGCGUACCAUGGACUGCUUCCAGACAGAAUGGUAUGAACUGCAGCAGCGCGGCCUCCUGAAUGAGGAAGAUGUCAAGACCGUCCCUGACUUAUACGUUCACAACCAGCAGCUGGACGACCAGGUCAAGACGCUGAGGAGAGAUUUGGAAAAGUUUAAGGAUGCAGCGAAUAAAGCAAAGGACACUUACGUCAAGCUGCGAAAGGAGAGAGACUACAACCGCAUGCACCACAAGAGAGUGGUGCAGGAGAAGAACCGACUGAUUGAAGACAUUAAAAAAUUGAAGAAGCACUAUGCCUCCUACGAGCCAACUUUGCAGCAGUUGAAGCAGAAGUAUGAGAUGGCCAUGAAGGAGAAGAUGCUGGCCAAGCUGGAGCGAGACAGAGCCGUCAAUCAGGUUGCUGGCCUCCAGGCCACCUUGCGGAACCUGGAGUCAGGCAGUCGGGACAGUGGGUCCCUGGAGCUGUCCAAGGCUGAACGCCGGCUGGUCUACGCCUCGGGGGUGGGCCCCACUCAGAGCGCCGUACGCCAGGCCAGGGAGAUGCACACCCAGCCCAGCCGACCUGACCCCGACAACAUGGACGUCACAGCUCAGCCCCAGCCCAGACACCCCGAUGAUUCUGAAUUCCCAGUGGACACAGGUGUCAACCCACAGCUGACUCACAUCAAAGGCCCCUCUGCCCACCUGACUCGCACCGGAGGGUUUCGCCUGACCCACACCAUCCAGGCACACACGCUGGCCGUCAGUGGCAUUGCCCUGCAUCCUCGCAAGCAGAUCCUGGCCACGGUGAGCGACGAUCACACCUGGAAGAUGUGGGCCAUCCCCAGUGGGGACAUCAUCAUGACCGGAGAGGGCCACACCGACUGGGUGGCAGACUGCGACUUCCAUCCCAGUGGAGCCCAGCUUGUUACAGCCAGCGGCGACGCCACAGUCAAGAUCUGGGACUUCUCCAAAGCAGAGUGCGUGCACACCUUCACCGAACACCAACAUGCAGUGUGGGGCUGUGCUUGGCACACCUGCGGAGACUUCAUAGCCAGUUGCUCCAUGGACAACACCUCCAAGGUCUGGGAUCUCAACAGCCUGCGAUGUCGCUUCACACUCCGAGGCCACACCGAUUCCGUCAACAGCAUCAUGUUCCUGCCAUAUUCCAACACGCUGUUGACCUCCUCAGCUGAUAAAACCGUUUCCCUGUGGGAUGCAAGAAUGGGCAUCUGUGGGCAGACUUUCUACGGUCACUUGCACUCCGUCAACCACGCCACUUUCAACCUCAAGGGAGACGCUGUCGCAUCCUGUGACAGCUACGGCAACAUCAAACUCUGGGACGUGCGCACCUGUGCUCCUAUGGCAACCGUGGACAUUGGGCCCCAUCCAGCCAACCGAGUUGCAUUUGACGGAUCGAGCUCAGUGCUGGCCAUUGCAAGUAACGAUGGUACCACCAAGAUGUACGAAGUCGCAAGUGGACAGGUGUCCAACUUGGCUGGUCACGAAGACGCGGUGCAUUCGGUCUGCUUUGAUAAGUCAGGCGACUUUCUUGUCUCUGGCAGUAGUGACUGCACCGUCAGAAUCUGGUCCUAGAUUCUCACCAGCUCUGUAAAAUAUUUAUGUGGUGAAACUUGGAAUGAUAUAGUUUUGUUUAGUUUUGAGCUUGUAAAUGAUGUGAGGAUGGCUGCUGUCUUCGAUGGUUGAGUAGAGUGGAUGAGGAGUUUCAAACUUGAACUCUUUCGGUCAGAGAUUGAAAAGGUCCUGUCAGUAAAAAUACACAUUUCUCCAAAGAUUUAAAUGUCACAUACAGCUUUUAUAGCGACUCACCCAGAAUUGUGAGUAAGAUAAACUCAGUCUAGAUUCAGGGUUGUGGAAUUGUAAGAAGAUCAGAUUGUAAACAAUCAAACUACAAAGGUACAUCAUUUUAACAUGAAACACAUUCAGAUAGAAUGUAUAAAAAGAAACCUGCUCAGAAAAAAAACCAAAAACACUGACAUUCCUUCCAGUUGCAGAAAUUCCAUUAGUAAUACACUUUCAGACGUUUUUAUGUGAUUUUUCCCUUUUCUCCAUCCACCUGCAAGAGGAAGAGGUUUGAUUGAGAUCCUCUGUUUGAAAUGAUUGUCAAUCACGAGGCAAGGUUUAGCUGAGCAAAAGAACGGCGGUUGGUUGUUUUCCCCUAGCCAUACAUUCAACAAUUCACCGAAUGCAUUUUUACACUCUAAUUGGAGGUUUGAAGCCUUCUUUUGGGAUUAGACAGUGGAGUGCGUGAAGUAGAUCCGUUCGCACUUGCAUGUGUGUAUUUGAACUUAUUGUAUAUACACGUAUCUUCUUUAAGGUUUACCAAUUAUUUUGGAUUUACCCUUGUUUUCUGUAAAGGAUUUCCUCCCUGAACAUUCAUCUCAUGGAGGUAUAUAAUUACUCUGUUGACUUGUUCUAAUAAUUGAUUAGAAAAACACAGCAGUUUGAAGUUAGUUCUCUUAUUGGUCAUGUGGCGAGGCCAGUUGAAUCUGAGAGAGUGAUUGAAAUGUGUUACAUGUAACGUUACACCUGCUUUGGAUGCAGCUAGUACAUAGUUUAGAAAUUCAGGCCAAGAUUAACAGAACAGGAACAGCACCCCAUAGAAAUCUUGAAUUCAACCAUGAUACAUCAGCUUUCUAUCCAUUGGCCAUUACAUGAACUUGUUGCACAGUACAGCAAUUGAGAAUCACCGGUUCUUUUCAGAACCCCACAUGCUCCAAAAACAAGGAGAUUUACCCAUAGUGUUGCCGGCAACCCAUCUAGUUUACUUGCUUCCUCCACCAUGGAAAGUUUCAAAUCUCAGUACAGUCAUUCUCAAUAAAAACUUCAUCAUAUCUUUACACUCCGCUCCUUUUGGUUAAAUGCACUAAAAGGUGCACUUUUUAAAAACCUGAAAUUAUCCAUGUUUCCCGGGACAAGUGAGAGCGCUGUUGCUUUGGUGUCAUCCAGGAAAGCGUGGUUUAUUGCAUAGGUUUUUCUAAAAUUGUGAACCCAGAAUUUACUUAUUAAAACAUUUCUAAGAAAAGCUUUGGUGCUCACGUAUUGCUAUGCACAUAAACCUUAAUGAAUUAGUAAAGAAGAGAAAAUUUAGUCCAGCGAAAUCUACAAAAUGCAAGACUUUUCAGCUUAAAUAAACCAGUGCAACAUUAACACUUUA